AAUACCUACUCUCACCCUCUAGUGAUCCCGGUACUAACUAAGAUGAUUUUGGUUACACAAAAAGCAGACUUAUGAGUUUCUGUGUACUUUUACAUUCUUUAAUGAUAUGAAAUUGAUAAAAUUGAAAAAAUUAAUAUCAAUUGUGUAAGAGAUUAAAUUUGUUGUGAAACACAAUUCAAUACAUUUAAUUUAAUAUCUAAUUGGUAUUAAAAGAAAUACAAAUGUGAAAGAUGUCGAAAACUAAGAAGAAUUCUCAUAGUAGCGAAGAAUUUAGUUCAUCAUAUUCUUCUUCAUCUGUAUCAUCGGAUGAGGAAAUAGAUGCAAGAGAUUUAAAACCUAUGAAAGAUUAUCUGUCAAACCGUAGAGAAUUAGCACGUCAACUUUUUAAAUCUGUUAAACCAGAAAAAAUACGUAUGAUGUUACCACAAGCAUUGAAGAAAAUGGAUUUUGAAGAAUUAGAAGAAUGGUGUGCUAGUGAGUUAAGUGGAAUGUCAAAAACUCGUGUGUUAUGCAUACUGGACGGAAAACCAAUGUUAGAAUCAUCAGACACUAGUGAAUCGGAUGAAUCAGGUCCGUCCUUAGAAAUUAUAUCUGACACUGAGGAAUGGCUUACCGAGGAUGAUAAUAUUAAAAAAGAAGAUAGUAUAUCUGGAAAAACAAAACUGAAGAAACACAAGAAUACAAAUAAAAUGAAAUCACAAAGUAAUAAUAAAAGGGAAGAUGCAGGAAAUGGUAAAUUUAAAUCAAAGACUACUAAUAAAGAUGGAAGCAAUAAUAAGUAUAAGGAAGUAAAAGUUAAGAAAGAAGAUGAGAAAGAAACAGGUAAAGAAAAAGAAGCGGAUAGUUUGUUAGAUUUGUUAGAAUUAGAAAUGCGUGCUAGGGCGAUAAGAGCUUUGAUACGUAAAGAAGAUGAUAUAAUACCAAGUUCUAAUGAAACCAAGGCAUUGGUAAAAAAUGGUGCAAUUGAAGAAAAUCAUGUUAAUAAAACAAGACUUGAUGAGAUUAAUGCGAAAGAGAAUUGCCGAAGGCAAUUAGAGAAAAUUAUAAGUUCUCAACGAAUGGAUGGUGAGGAAGAAGACGUAGUUUUAGUUGUUCAACCUACACCAACCAUUGAAUUAUUAUCUAGCGAAAGUGAAAAUGAUGAGGUUGGAACAAGGGUUAAUCAAAAAUUAGAAAAUGAACGUAAAAUAGAAAAUGCAACCAAUUUAGAUAAUAAAAAUGUCAUAACUAGUCCUAUAGAACAAGGGGUUAAAGAAUCAAAACUAGUUAGUGGAAAAGAUAACGAUAAAAAAACUGAUAUUAUCACCGAAGAAAGGUGUAAUUUUCAUACUUCACAAAAUAAAAAUAGUUCUGCAUCAUCGUCUACAAAUGUUGCUGACAAUACUGUAAAACGUAAAAGAGUCAAAAAGAAAUCACAUUCUAAAAGUGAAGAAAGACCUGACAAUUCUUCAAAUACAGAUAAUAAAACUAAUGAAUGUUUAGAAAAGAAAAAAGAAAUAACAAGCGUGCCUGAAGAAAAAGAAAAAUUAAUAGAAGAAAAUAUAUCGAAAGUAGAGAAAGAAUCUGUACCAUCUGGUUUACAGUCGAAAGAUAAAGUUGUUUCUGAUGAAGAUAAAUUGGCUGAUUUUGAGGAAAUAAUUGAUUUGGAUAAUUAUUCUGAUGACAUGGAUGACUUGGAAAAUUGUGACAAUGAUAAGAAUAAAAAUAAAGAUCAAGAACAAACUAAAAUUAAGGAUAAUAGUAUUGCAAAGGAACAAAAGAAUUCUUUAGUGACAGACUCUAAUUUAUCCAAUUCGCAAAAAUUGAAAUCAGCCGAAACAUGGGCGACUCGUUAUUAUCAAACAGACGAUGUUCAAAGCGUUAUAAAAGAAUCAAAAAUACAAUCUGAAAUUCGCAAACGUUUAAGAGAACGUCAAAGACUUUCCAAACUCACUAAUUCACCAAAUUUAAAUUCUUCGCCAUCUCGGGUUACAGAAGUUAAUAAUGAUAAAGAAGAAACGAAACCAACUGGCUCGGUUGAAGAAUAUUUAGCUUUGAAACAAGCAACGCAAUCGAAUGUGAAUGCAGGUGGUAGUAACGUUAGCGAUAAUUCGGCUAGUAUACAAGAAAAAGAUAAAUGUAUAAAUUCAUGCAAUGAAAAAAAUGCAGAAGAUGCGGAAGAUGAAAAAAUAAUGGCUUCUGUAAAUGAAGAAAAUGUAGACAAAUCCACUGCAAUUACUGUAAAUAAUGAUGUAUAGAUUAUUUAUUUAAUUCAUAAAAAAUAUAAUUCUUUUAAUAAUAA